UCCGGCACCGAGGAAGGAACGACUGAGCGGCUGUCGUUCGGCUUAUACGGAUAUAAGCGGUACGUACAGUAUGUAUGCGUAGAGUGAAAUGACGUAUCGUAAUUACCAUGGCACGGAUACAGAGCGCGGUGGUCGGUUGCAUCUCCCGCGCCUCCAGUGAGUGACCUGCGGGCUGCAGCAAUCUGAAAGCUUCCUGGCAGGUCGUGCUCCACACUGAACGAGCUGAGCUUGAAGGCUGCCCAUCGACGGGCACUUAACUACCACUAAUAUUCAAGAACCUACCAGUUAACCCACCAGUCGACCAUGUUAUGAUGAGCGCGCACUGCUCUUGAUGGGCGCGACUUUGCACCAUGGCUGCAGUUGGCUCUUCCAGUGAGCGGGCCGAGUUUUUGCAGCAGCUAAAACCAGCCUGCGUGCCUCUCAGCAAAUUGGCUCUCCGCCCGACCGACACGGCCGCCGAGGCAAAUGAGAUUCUCAGCCUGGUGGAAUCUGUAGACGGCCUCUGGGCGGCUCAAGUGAGCAAAAAUGCGCAAAUCCUCGACGGCAAGCUGGCCGACUACGUCUUCUUCCCCGUCGCCUACCUCCUGCGCAACCGCCACCUCUACCCCGUGCGCGUCCUUGAGGCCAUCAUCCGCCUGCUCAAGACGCUCAUUCAGCAUGGCUGGAAGGCCAAGAUAUCGCGCCAGCUGUCGCAGCAGCUCCUUGUCUUCCUCUCCCUCACCCUCGGCGGCGAUGCAAGCCAGCAGCUGGCAGGUGAAAGCCAGCCGACCCGGCGGCGAGAGAUGCCCGAGGAGACUGUCAUAGAGGGAUUCCGCACUCUGGCCGCUCUGAUCACUGCCGCAGAAUCUUCACCUGUUGCCUCUUCGUCGUCCCUGCCCCCGCCAUCGGCGGCCCCGUCGGCCGAGCAAGAUCAGACGAUUCCUGCGCUGGGCCAGAACGUCACCGUCAUGCUGGACGCUGUCACCAGCGCCGCUACCCCCUCAAUCCAGCUCGAGGCCCUGGCCUGCGUGCAAGUAGCCUUCACCGCUGUCCGAGACAAUUCCGUCCUCGCACAGUUUUUGCCAGGCACAGUCUCGUCUCUAACUAAACUGCUGUCGCCGCCCCUGCAGAACAGGACCCAGAAGAGGGUGCUCGUCAAGUGUCUGGCCGUGCUAAAGCUCGUUCUCACAAACGUCUUGGGAGAUAUUAAAGUCCGCGGACUCCUCCGACAGACAGUAAAGGGUGCUGCACCUGAACCGCCCCAAGACGCGGAUGUGGCCGCCAAAGCAAACGACACAGAAGACGUGAACUUCCGUGUCGACCUGACGCCCGCCUGGCUAAAGGCCACCACAGCUCAGGUAAAGAUUGCCUUGUCAUCGGUGCUCAAGCUGCGCACCCAUGAGGCGAACGAUGUCCAGUCGGCUCUCUCCAGGUUGUGCAUUGGCCUCCUCGAUGAGUGCCAUUCGUCGCUGGUCGAUUGCCAGUCCAUUCUCGUCGAGAGCGCCAUGAUGCUGGACGACGAAGAGAGUUCAAGCUCGCGACUUGAAACGAACCUUCGCGAUCUUGCCGGCGUCUACCCCGAGAUUGCAGAGUGCAUCAAAUUGGCGCUUUACAACUGGAUCACCAGCCUGCCCAGGUCAAUGCAGUCCAACGACGAGCGCGUCAAGCAACUGGCCAUCAGGAAUAUUCUCAGGGGCACCAAGCUGGCUGCUGACUUGCAGGUGGACUCGUCGACGCUUGAUGACACGCUCGGCGACGCCCUACGAGACAGCAUCGCUGCACUAAUUCGAAACUCGAAGCCGUCCAAGGUGGUAGAUGACGGAGACGUUGGGGGAGAAAGCAUUAUAUCGGGAAGCAGCGCCAUGAUCGGCUCACGCGUCGAGCAGGUUCAGGCAUACAGUCCCGUCCUAUUUGAUCUAGAGAGUCAAAAGACGACUCGGGGAGAGAUCAACGCUCUGAUAUCAAACGUCGGCUCCUCAACCCAGCAGGCGAAGCUAGCAACCGCCAUGCUGGGCUACCUGCGAGACUCUGACGGCGUGGACCAGAUUGCCUCGUACUGGCUCGCGUUUGAGCUUCUCAAGUCGACUUACGCGCAUUCCUCGGAACUCGACGACCUGCUAGACUUUGGCUCGCUCGAUGAGGUAAAAUACCAGGACGCGGCAUUCCAAGAGCUUUACGAGUUUUCUGCCUCGGUCUUGUCGUCGCACUCGGAAUCCCUUGACGAUGCCGACUGGCGGCUCGAGGCCAUUGCGCUAGAGGUGACGGCAUUUGCAGCCUCUCGCCUGGAAGCCGAGUUUCGGCCAGAGCUGAUCGAUGUGCUCUACCCGGUUACAACUUUUCUUGGAUCCCAGGUGCCGCAGCUGCGGAGACACGCAAUCACGACGCUGAACAUAUUAGCAGUGUCGUGCGGCUACGCGAGUGUGUCAGAGCUCAUUGUCGACAAUGCCGACUACAUGGUCAACUCGGUAUCCCUCAGACUGAACACGUUCGACAUCUCCCCGGCUUCUACAAAGGUGCUUACCAUGAUGGUUCGCCUAACGGGACCGAGACUUAUCCCCUUUAUGGACGAUGUUGUCGCGGCGAUAUUCGCGGCGUUGGACAACUACCACGGCUAUCCUGUCUUUGUGGAAAGCCUAUUCUCAGUCCUAUCCGAGGUUGUGACGCAGGGGGUGAAGUCGGACAUGCUUCUUCUAGAAGAUAUGGCCGCAACAACGGUAGAUCACAGGAAGCGGAAGCCCGAGUCUGCCGGAAUUCCCGGGACACUAGACGCGCUAGAAAAGCGCGCGAAGAAGAUACGAAAAAGGAGGGAAGAAGACCAGGAGGACGAUACUGGCGCUCGUCGUAGCUACCCAAAAGAAGCCUGGGGACCGGACAAGAGUAAAGCCAAGUCUCUCCUCGACAGUCUCGAGGCCGCCAACAAUGGUGAAGAAGAGGAGGGACAAGAACAGUCUUCCUCGGAAGCGGAAAAGCCGAAACCUCCCAACACCCCAACAUACUCGCUCCUGACGCGGGUCCUUUCACUGACCCAGCACUACCUCACCUCACCCACCCCAACUCUCCGAAAAUCCCUCCUCGACCUGGUGGCCACCGUCAGCCCGGCCCUGGCACCCGACGAGAAUGCAUUCCUCCCGCUCGUUCACACAGUCUGGCCUGUAGUUAUCUCACGCCUGCACGAUCCGGAGCCCUUUGUAGCCAUCGCGGCCUGCAGGGCACUCGCUGCGCUCUGCAGUGCGGCGGGUGACUUUCUUGCUUCUCGCUUCAAGACGGAGUGGUCCGACGGCCUGUACAAGUGGUUUGUCAAUACCCGGGACCAGGCCGCGAAAGCCCGAGGCGGGACAGCCGGCGGCCACACUGGGAGUAAGGGGAAAGCAGCGACUGGCCCAAGUCUCCCACGCCACCUUGCACUAUCAUCGGCAAGCAACGGAAAUAGCAACGGCACCUCGGCAAUACUCAUACCGUCUCGCUCCCUGACGGCAGAGACGGGCGAAGCCAUGGCAGACGCCCAGCAGUUGAUGCGAGGCUCGCUGAUAUCGGUGAUCGGCUCCAAGCCCACGCCGACGCCGUCCAUGUCGCUCUCGCUGUCCUCGUCGCCUGGAGCUGCGGCGCUAGGCCGGUUCGCCCAGGCGUCGCAGAUCUGGGACGCGGCGGUGGGGCUGCUCGGCGCCAUCGUAGCCCAUGUGCGUCUGGACGACGACAUGUUUGAUGAUAUGCUAGACCUAGUGGCCGACGUGGUGUCGCGGCCCCAGCACGCCGGCGUCAGGGAAGCUCUCGAAGCAGUCAACGCCGACGCCGUCUGGCUGGCCAUGUACGAGCGCGGUCUCGCGCUGUGGCAGCCUGCUCCGCAGCCGUCUGGCGGGAUUUCGUUUGCACAGAUGGCGCCCCGGGCCUGAACCAACCGCUAGGGUAAGUACCUAGGAAGGUAGACAGGUAGAUGUACCAGUAUGGAUCAUGGUUCUACACUUGCUGGUCAACCACAGGAAGCUUCCAGUGUGGUUGCUUGGCUUGCAGUGACAAGUUGUAAUGGACCAAAGGUGCUUGAUACAAGACAUGGAGUCUUCGAAGUUACUUCAAGAGUCUAACACUUGAGAAAUGUGUGUUACGUUAUCGGCUACUUUGGAAUGGCGCGUUUACGGGUGUUGAUCUACGCCAACAACGGCCUAGUGCUUACAUGCUAGAAAGUAGGCAUUUAACUGUCAUAAGCAGGGAAUUCCGCCUUCCUUUCUUCCCUGAACAAUACAUCAUAUUCUACCCUCUUAUUGACCUCGC